UCCAAAAAGUAACAAUGUUAUGAACAAAUAAAUCAAAUUCUAAUCUAACUAGUGAAAAGUGUUGAACUAAUAAUUGUAAUUGUGUCAUGUAGUAAGGAAUAUUCACAAUUGACCGUUAUGCAAAAACUAAUCCCAUUUCUCAUCUGUGUGAAACGAGUUAGCUGAUAAAAUGACGAGACGAAUAGGGUUCGUCCUAUUGCUGAUUUCAUCAAACUGGGUUCAUUGCCACUGUCUUGCUGCAGCAAAUUUCAAAGCAUCUGUAAAUCAUAAACCAAGCUUUCACAAUUGUGGAGAAUACAAACCGACAUUCAAAGAAGAACAAGAAUCUGGGACAUCUGUACACCGCGUGACCGCCACUGAUCCAGACCAAUCUCAAACGAUAAAGUACAGUAUUGCAAAUGAAACGAGACAAGAACAGCUUUUCGCCAUCGAUGAAGAUACCGGUGAGAUCUUUUCGGCACAAAUUUUCGAUCGAGAUCCUCCGUAUCGGGAUACCGAGUUUUACAUCACGGUACGAGCGACCGAUAACGGUCAGCCCAGUCUGGAUGAUGUGUGCACGAUCAAAGUGACGAUUCUAGAUAUCAAUGACAAUCCGCCAGUGUUUGAUAAAGACUUUUAUGAAGCAUUUGUUUUCAUGAAUACGACACUUCACCAGCAAGUGACCAUCAUCACUGCAAAGGAUAUCGACGAGCAAACAAAUAGCGUUGUUAAUUUCGAAAUUGUACAGGAAUAUAAAGAUGGCAGUUACUUCGAGAUUGACCAACACACUGGCGUGCUAGCACUGGCUAAGCGCAUCGAUCGCAACCCAGGAGAGUAUUAUGCGCUUCGUGUUCGCGCUUACAAUCAAGGUUAUAUAGAAAACGAAUCAGAAAACCCAGAAGUUGAUGUGAAGGUACACAUAAUUGACUCUGACAAACGCUUACCAUAUUUCACCAAAGUGCCAAAAGUUCCUGUCAUACUACACGAAAAUUUCACUGCAUUUGAUCAGAUAUUGGCAGUGUUUGAAGCGAAUUCAAAUAUAAACAACGAUAGCAACGUUAUUUUUGAAUUAGUUCGAGGUAAAUUUGAACAGACUAAUUCAUUAAACACAUUUUUGUUGGAGCAGAUUAAUAACACAGCCCACAUUAAGCUGGCAAGAGCGCUCGAUUAUGAAAGCGUCACCGAAUACACCAUAACGGUGAGAGCUACGAACAGGCACGAUCUAGCAGCGGAGGCUGUGGUGAAGAUCAUGAUCCUGGACGUGAAUGAUAAUGUUCCGGUGAUCAUUAAAGAUGUAUCAUAUCUGGAGCAUGAACUCAUCGACAAUACACCGGUAAUCCAAAUACACGCGUACGAUUUGGAUGGUACGUCGGCUAACAAUAUAAUUUCGUAUAGCAUCGCAGAAAGUAAUCAGCUGCAUUUUACAAUUGAUUCCCACACCGGAACAGUAACGAAACAAAAUAGGCUCAAUGAUGACGAAAAGGACAUUUAUUUUAUUAAAAUAUUGGCCAAAGACAACGCGCCAUCCGCCUUAUUUCGAAAUAAUAAACCAAACAUGAGCUCUCACACGUUAAUAGUUAAAAUAAUCAAUAGAGAUCUUAACAUUAUUCCCCAGAAUGCAAUCACUAAUAUUCACGGACAAGAACAGCGGACCAGUAAUGGCAUAUCUUUUCAAAAUGCUUUAAGGAUUUCAAAAAGUUAUGAGGAGAGGGAUGUUUUCAACGAUAGGUUCAUUAUGGUUCACAAUUAUGAAGGCACGCUUACAGAUAAACUGAUAGGAAGUGUGUAUUUCGAUUAUGAUAUUGAAGAUAAUUCAAAUAAAUUGUUCCUUUGGGAUGAGAGGGCCAGUACAGGAACAAGGAAACACUUCAAGCUCAAUUCCAAGAGCGGUAUGAUUAUGAUGCUAAAAGGCACACCCGAAGGAAUAUACAAUCUAGAAUUUACAGUGAUUGAAGAAUCAUCCUAUUUUCCACGACACAACGUAUCUGCUCGAGUGACGGUGACAGUGAAGAACAUCUCGGAGGAAGCGGUCGACCAGAGUGGAUCGAUUCGCUUCUACAAUGUAACGGCUAAGAAAUUCAUAUCUCAGACCCUGGGUGAGCUCAACACACCCAUGUAUCGACUUCAGGAAAGCAUUGCAAGCAUUCUGGAUACCAACCCAGAUAAGGUGGACAUAUUCACGAUCAACAAUCGUAAGCUUGCCCGGGGUGCAUUCUUGGACGUGUUCUUUGCAGUAGAUGAUACUAUUUACACAUCGUCAGAGUUCUUAAAUGCAGUGUUAAGUUUGCAUCUACGCAAAUUGGAGGAAGACGUCGGGUAUCGAAUUGUGUCGGUUGGCAUAGAUGAAUGCAUUGCAAAGGGUCAUAUGUGUCAGCAGGCAUGUAAGAAUAGGGUCCAUAGAUCACAAAAGCCAAUCGUAGUGCACACCAACACUAGCUCGUUUGUGGGAAUGACCACAUUGGUGCAAGCACAAUGCAUCCCACAGAUACAAUCUUCGUUGGUAGCAUGCUUGAACGGUGGCACUUUCCAGAAUGGUAAAUGUAAUUGUCCCAUGGGGUUCGAAGGUCCCCAGUGUGAGAAAUUGGACAUCUGUUUUGAUGGAAUUGGGUAUGCAAUCUAUCCAUCGAUCAACAGUGGCAACGUAAACAACAUCAGCAUUGGGUUAUUGCCCCGACAAAAAGACGGGUUGGUAUUCUACAUGGGUCCUCUGAAGUAUGGCCCAUCUUUGAAGGCACUACCUUUUCUGGCAUUGGAAAUCAACGAUGGUAUGUUGGUCUUACUAUUGGACUAUGGAACUGGAAUGAUUCGGUUCGAUUAUCAACAACUGAUUUUACAUACACUUACAACAGUAGAUAUUGUGUUAGAGCCUCAUCGGUUUGAGAUACAUACUGCAAGCAACAAAUUGAAAGGUAGCAGUAGGAGUCGCUAUGAAAAUAAGGAUUUGAGUGGGUUUCUUCCAGGCAACAUGUCUAUUUUGUUGGGUGGUACAGUCAAUCACUUUGCCAAAGACUUGUUGUACAAUUGGCCGUUACACCUCCUGGGUACACCAGAAACGUUGGAUUAUAAUGGAUGCAUGCGAAACCUCACAAUCAAUGGGCAUACGAUAGAUUUCAUGCUGCCGAUGGUAGCAAAUAACGUUUCUUUCAGCUAUCUGUGGUCCGAUUCGGUUCAUAUAUCUCCAAAUCGGUUCAUGUUUUCUUUGAUGAUAUUUGCAUUUCUUAUAGUAAUAAUAGCAAUAUUUUCAUCGCGCAAUAAGAUAAUUUAUUGGAUGAAGUACAAUUACGAACGAUGUUAUCAAUAUUCAAUGUAUGAAACGGAAACAAAUGGUAUGAAACCCCUUAUUUCCAUUUAAGAUAAAUGUAUCUUAAGAAUUAAUGAUUUGUUAUUCAAUGUACUGGGGCAUAUGAAGACUAGAUAAAUUGGUCAAAAACAGAACUGUUAACAUAUUAUGCAGCAAACACAACAUUAAAAAAUUGAUGCAAAUCAUAU